CGCGGCGCGAGGCGGUCAUGUCCGUAGAUGCGUAGGCGCAGUUCCGCAUGCGCUGGAGCCCCGAGCGGCGGCGUGCUCGGCAUGCCACCCUGCCUGAGCAUCACGACACUUCUCCUGACCCUCGCAGCUACACAAGCCUUAAUACCUCGCGAACCUUCCAUCAACCCCCAUUCCUCAAUCCACCAUCUACACAUCCUCGGCUGGCAUUUGGAGCUAACAGAAAACAGGGCUAUACGAUCGCCGUAUUACAAUGUGUGCAAGUUCUACAAAGGACGUGUUUUGGAUGAGGAUAACUCAUCGGUAACAGUGACAGAAUGUGAGGGGCGUUUGUAUGGAUUGCUGCAAGUUGAUGGCGAGGAGUUUCUCCUUCAGCCGACGAGGCCAGAUUCUGGUCACGUCCUGCGACGCCGAGACGUUUUGCUGUCUGAUCGGAUCGCGGCCUACAAUCUCACUGGAGACACGGUCGGUGACCUUGACAUUGACUUGGAAGAUGACGAGCCGGUGUCAACAAUCCAUGUGCGGCCAAGAAACGGUGACCAUUCAGAAGUAGAGCAUUAUCGUAACGUGAAACCCGUGACCAGACCGUUAUCAGGCUCAAAAGGAUUAUGGCUAGAGUUAGCUAUUGUAGCCGACCACACUAUGGUAAAAUUUCACGGCAAGGAUCGAGUGAAACAUUACAUUCUUGCACUCAUGAAUAUCGUCAGUGCCAUCUUCAAUGACCAUUCGCUCGAGUCUAACAUGACCCUCGUUAUAAAUAAGCUGUUUCUAUACGAGGAGAAGGAUUCUGUUAUAAAGUACGGGAACGUCAAGAAAUCGCUGGAGGCAGCGAAUAAAUGGAAUUACAGGCAUCUCAUGAAAUUGCCCGAAGAUAGCACAGGAUGGGAUGCUACGGUGUGGUUGACUCGGGCUCAACUGGGUGGGCCUUCGGGCUUCGCCCCAGUCGGCGGCGUCUGCUCCAGAACCAGGUCGGCUGCCAUCGACAGGGACGAAGGUCUCACCAGUGCUUUUGUGAUUGCACACGAACUGGCACAUCUGCUCGGCUUAACUCAUGAUGCUGAAGGUCAAUGUGACACUGAAGGGCUAAAGGGCUCUGUGAUGGCACCAACUGUCUUGGCAACACUGCACAACUACGCGUGGUCAUCGUGCUCCAAGCAACAGUUUCACGAGAAAUCCGCAAAAUGGUGGUGUCUCCAUGAACGAAGUCAAGACGAUGGAGUGGAGCUCGGAGGUGCUAAGGAACUGUCCAACUAUGUAUUUACAAUGGAUGAACAAUGUCGUACUGAAUUUGGAGAAGGCUUCUCAGUUUGCAAGUCUGUCAAGGUGAGGUCGCCGUGUGCCAGAUUGUGGUGUGCUCAUCGCAGCAUGCCCUACGUCUGCCGCUCUAAAAGGGCUCCUCCUCUAGAAGGUACUCCAUGUGGAAAUAACCAUUGGUGUUUGGAUCGUGUCUGCGAACCAAUGCCGGGACAUAUUUCCGAGAAUAAAUCAAGCAGCUAUGAUAUCGACAUGUCGCCGCCUGUGUGGGGGGAGUGGGGGGAGUGGAGCGACUGCAAUACCGACUGCGGAUACGGCUUCCGAACGAGGACCAGGAACUGUUCCUACAAAGGAUCGUCCUCGGAGAGUGCAUGCGAGGGAGCUGGAUCCCAGGUUGCCACGUGUUGGACUAAUUCGGUUUGUGCUGCGACCAGGGACAUCCGCGCCGAUUCCUGUUUCCGGCAAGCCAGUCAUCUCAUACCAUACUACCAUGUAAACGAGACGAAACGUUGCGAGAGCUGGUGCGUAGACUACGCGGGAGGUACUCCAUCUUCUUUUGGCAACCUUCCAGACGGAGCGCCGUGUAGCUACGAGCGACCCUUUGAUCUGUGCUAUCAGGGAACAUGUGUGAAAGGCCAAUGCAGUUCAACAGAUACUUCGUGCAACUGGUGUCCAGAUGGUUACUGUAACAACAACACUAACAUUUACAACAGGCAUUUAUUGAAAGGGUGGACUCGUCUCACUGUCGUUCCACACGAAGCAAGUCACAUUUCCAUUCACAUCUCAACACCGGUGCUCCUAAAUAUAGCCAUACGAGAACGCCGUCGAGAUAGGCCAAUCCUCGAACUCAGCAAACAUUCCCGUCGAUUCGAACUUGACGAUAAGCAAAAUCUAUAUCUGAAGUACGAUCCAAGCGUACCGCAAAAUCUCCAGAUAAUAGAAGUAGACAGUAAUGUUAUUGAUAUAAAAGAAGAGAAGUAUGGGUUUGAAGGAGAGGUGAUAGCAGCCGGGAGCUUGAUCAAAUGGCGGCAGACAGAGUCAGAGAUUGAUAUCACGUCAAUAUCAAAAUUGCACUCCGAUUUAAUGAUAAUGGCGAUUCCAGAACAGCCAACGGGUCACGAAGAUCUAUCAGUUCAAGUGUUGGUGAACUUCAGUACGCCGGCAACGCGGUCCAGACCUAUGGAAUAUAGAUGGCAAAGCGAGCGGGGUCCAUGUUCAGUCUCGUGUGGCGGAGGGUUCCGUGUGGUUCGUGUGCGAUGCGCCAGAGGGCAGCAGUGUGCGCCGACCCGUCAUGAACGAUGUAACAUGCACAGUUGCGAGUUCAAAUGGGCGGGUGGUGAGUGGGAAGAGUGCAGCGCAACAUGUGGUGCUGACGGCGUGCAAGAAAGACAGCUGUUCUGCGUUCCUGCCAAUAGCAGUAUAACAACACGUAGAGAGCUAAUACGACGCAGUGUAUCGCCAGCGCUAUGCCCCGCAUCGACGCCUAGUAAAAUUCAAGCAUGCAAUAGAGUGCCAUGCCCUGUAUACUGGCAAGAGAUGCCAUGGACGCAGUGUUCAACAACAUGUGGGCGAGGUGUAUCAUACCGCCCAUUAGUCUGUCCUGCUCAGGACGUGGUUCUUUGCGGUCAAAAACCACGUGAGCGUCGCCGUCGGUGCCGACUGAGACGUUGCCCCACACGACCGCCGUGUCCAACCACAGAUACCGCACAAUACUGCGAACUAUUCAACAAAGAACAACUACAAAGGAACUGUGUAAUAUCGCUAUUCAGAAAAUACUGUUGUAACGCUUGUAAAAAUGUAGAUCAUUGAAUGCAUAUUGAACUUGAUAUUGUAGUUGAAAUAUUGCAAACGCACUGAUUUACCAUAUUUAUUUAAUCGCUAAUAGAUGAAUUCAGUUUUACAUUAUAUUCCAAAUGAGAAAUAUAAAUUAAAUACUGACACACAGCUGUAUUAAAUCAACAAAUCGCACGUUAAACGCUGCGGCAAAAUUGGUGUGGAGUCGCCUUAACUCUCAAAAAUUGUCAAAGAUAAUUCUCAUCUAUAUUUUAUUACUAACAAUUGUAAUUAGUAUUUGUAUUUUAUUGAACAAAUACCAGAGGGAGGCUCCUUUUCUCGGUAUACCAGCUAGAUAAUGGGUACCACAACGGCGCCUAUUUCUGCUGUGACACAUGUAAUGUGUAAACAUUAUUAUGUUUCGGUCUCGGCUUAACGUCCUGCUCGUCUCGUCCCUUAUUUUCAUAAAAAAAAUAAUAGCACGCAUUUAAACCCAUCUACUAUGUACAAAAAUAUCUCUAUAGCAAAAAAUAUUAAUAUUCUUUUAUUUAAAGUCAAUUUUCGUUUUAACUUUGAUUUAUACCUUUAAAGAUAUUAAAUAAUAGAAGCAGUUAAAUAAUAGAAUGUAUUUAGAAUAGUAAUAAAAUACACCAGUAUUUAUUCAAAUCAUAGUAUGUAAGUAUGCAUAAUAAUUUGUACUUUAGGUAAAUGCACGUUUUGAGUUUAGUAGUUAAUUUGCAAAUAUGAUAAGUACAAAAAUUAAUGUAAAGUAAAUAAUUUAAAUUAAUUUAUUAGACACGUAACUAAUAAUUCAAGGAAUGAUAAAUUGUAGUAUUAAUUGUAGUAUGUUUUAUUUUUCAAAUAAAAAAUGGACGCGUGAAUAAAAAUGUAAAGUUAUAACCUACAAUAACCGACUUCAAAUAUUAUAUAUAACCAUUAACCAUCCAUUAUUCGACUUUUAGAAGUUGACUAUUGACGGCUAAGCAUAGAUAUUUGAUAUCGCAGCAUUCUUUUAUACGUCUUCUGUAGAAUUUAUUUAUUUUUUAUUCUGAAGAACUGUUUAAACUGAUUCCUGCAACCCAAUUCUACUUUCGAUCACAUCAUCGAAGCCAUUUUUUUAUAUGGCGUUCUAAGAGAUCUCCCGUUACCCGUUCGUUUUUAACGCACGGGUUUUAGUAGGAGAAGCAGCUAUCACACUGAUGAUUGUCUCGCCCGCGUUAAUACAACGGUAUGUUGUUUUAACAUUCUUUCAUCUGAAAGGGCCUCAGCUUAGGUUUCCGCUUAAUAUCAGGAUAUGCGUACGCUCGCUCUUCAUGGCCAUUGCAUGGUGAGGGAGCCGGAAGAAGAACAUAGCAAAUGCGAGCUACCAGCCUGUUUUAUUCCCGGUCUGAGUGCCAGCUGAUGAACUCAGCCUCCCUUGUAUAAGCAACAAGUUCUCCUUGCUCUCUAGGUGCUUUCGAACGAUCUCUGUGAAAUGGUCUACUGGAUUUAUGAUAUAUGACUGAUAAUGGUCUACUCAUUGAGACGUAGCUUCUAUAAAGUAUUUCUUUAUAGAUAAAUAGACUCACCAUCAGUACAUUAAAGUCAGUUGUCCCAGAUGAGAGAUCUCGAUCUUCUUCGUUGAUUUCCUCGUGGUCUCGACGAUGUCUCCGGUCAGUUUGCCAUCACUAACACCCUUAACAACAGUCUGCCGUAGACCAGCAGUGGUUUUAUCUGAUUUCUUGACAUAGACUGUUCGUUUUUGACCCGGGUUAGCUCGAAACUAUUCAGAUGGAUAUUGUGUUUCGAGCUGACUCCUUAUUGCCCUCAGCGUGGCCAACUUUUUACUGAUGAUAUGCCUGAAGGGCUUGCGCGCCUUUUUCUCCUAAUUUUAACUCAAGAUUUUGGAUUGAAUUGUAAUAACUCUGUUCAUUUGAGGGGUUCAUUGAUGACGUUCAGCCUUUCAGCCAACAACUUUUCUAUGUUUUCUCUCUAUUCGCAGUAUUUUUUUGUAAUUUACGAAAAUAAUUUUAAUUUAUAAGUAGGUGGUUCUAGAAUAAGAAUCUUUAGAAUUAUUGAGCAGUCAGGAACGAUGUGCCAUAAAUAAAUGUACAUUACUUCCACUUAAGAAUUAAACAAUCUAAUUAAAA